AUGAGUUCUCUGAGAGAUGAAGGGGCCGUUGACACGAAUUAUCUCAUUCGGUUGUUCCUUGACACGCCAGCCGAGGAAACGCCUCAUGUGGGCGCUAGUCUCGUUGCACGCCUGGCAGAAGGAACAAUUGCUGUUUUCCGAGACAUACAAAAAAGUCCGAUUGACGAUGUUAAAGGAGAUUCAGAGUCUGAACCAUAUCUUGUCAGUCUUGGAAGGAGCUCUGACAGACUUCGACUCUGGUCAGACGGAUACGGAAUCUCCAGCGGCGCCUCCGAUGAUCUCUUUGAGCGAUCUAGUCGACUGCGAGGUGCAACGCUUGAGAUUCUAUCUAGUAUAGCAUCAACUUGGGGAGUAGGCCUUCUAGGAAAGACGCAAUUUCCAGAGAGCUUCACGACCAAGGUAGGACAGCUGCGGGAACUUGUACAAGAGGCCGAAGACGACAGUUCAAAGAGUGAAUCUUCGACUGGAUCGUCCGAUUAUGAUGAUGACGAUAUCACACAAAUCACUACAGAUCUUGAAACAGAUACCAGAAGUUUGAUGGAACUCGAUGCCUUAUUCUCUGAACCUAUUCUGGAUGCCAGACACAUGAGGCAAUUCCUUCCGUCGUCUUUACACGAAUGGGAACCUCAUGAACCUUACAAACAUAUCAUCGGCAACAGAUUUCCAAAAGCAGAUGAUGGGCUCAUUACCAGUCUCGGAAAAGCCAAUUAUGAGCGAUUCUUGAGAGGUCAAGAGCAGAGAAACAAUAGUUCCCGGGCACUUCUGGAACCUGUCAUGCUGCAAGAGAUCGAGAAUUCAGACGCUGCCAGUUCUAAAUUCAACGAUUCGGGCCUUGGAUCAUCCAUUCCUUCAUCUUAUGCGGAGACAAUUAUGUCAUACCACGGCGGUGAAGGGACCUCAAUCCGUUUACCAUCCCUACCCAAGUCGGCCAGGAAUGGUUCAAGCUUUUUCUGUAUAGCAUGCGGUCUGCCAACUACCGUGCAAACUAACUCGGCAUGGAAACGCCACUUGUUCAACGACUUGAGGCCUUGGCAAUGCUUAGAGCCCUCGUGUGGGCACAAGGGCAUCUUCAGCACUCAAGGGGAUUGGGUCUCACAUCUCGCUCUCGACCAUUUCGCGCCCGAAUGGAAAGGAGUCGACUGCCCGCUGUGCCGGAAAGACACUGGCAGUGGCAAGAUCCCUAUUCUCAAACACCUCGGAGGUCAUCUUGAGGAGGUUUCUCUCGCUGCUUUACCUUCGAAGUCUGAUUCGGAAACAGGAAGCCAACUCUCAGACGCCAGUCAUCACAACGGUGCGGUCAGCGACAUAGACGAAGAUACCGACCUAACACCAGAGAUCGGCGGUGUCGACUUGUCUCAUAUGGAACUUACUAGGGAGCGAAACAAAGACCCGGUCACUUUCGACGAAGCUAAGGACUUUGUUGACAAAGUCAAACGCCAAAGACCUGAGGUUUACAAAGAUUUCUUGCAUUUGCUGCAAGAAUAUGAAAAGGACCGCCUCCCGAUCGGGGAAGUCUAUACCAGAGUGACAGGUAUCUUUUCGGCUGAUCCUGAACUGGUGGAAGGUUUCAAGAAAUUUUUGCCAGAAUCAGCUGAGCUCGCACUGUCGUAA